AUGUUAACAUCUUCUUAUAAAGCACGACGGAUCACCAUCUUCAUCAUCAUCAUCAUCAACAUCAUCACUGUCAUCAUCAUCAUCAACAUCAUCAUUGUCAUCAUCAUCCUCAUCCACAACAUAAUGUGUGUUUCCCCUCAAACAGAGAAGCCGUUAGAGGAGGAGGCAAACAAUGAGCCUAGGGAUGAGUUGCCUCCUGAUGAACAUGUACCAGGGGAGGAUCCUCAGCUGUCUGAAGUGAGCGGCAUUUUUGUGGAGAAGCCGCAAAGCGCCACAGCAACAAAAGGCAAGGAUGUCACGUUUGUGGCUAAAGUUGACUCCUCAAACCUGUUGAGGAAGCCCACCCUGAAAUGGCUGAAGGGGAAGUGGCUUGACCUGGGCAGCAAAGCUGGGAAGCACCUGCAGUUCAAAGAGGUGUAUGACAGGAACACCAAGAUCUACACUUACGAGAUGAGCAUCAUCAAAGUAGUGGAUGGAGACGCAGGUGGCUACCGCUGCGAGGUCACCUCCAAAGACAAGUGCGACAGCUGCACAUUCGAAGUCUCUGUGCAGGCUGUACAAGAAGAGCAGCAGGACAACAUCUUGGAGGCGUUUAAGCGAUCUGGAGAUGCAGGUGAGGAUGCUGGUGAUCUAGACUUCAGUGCACUGCUCAAGAAAAGAGAGAAGAAACGCAAGGAGGUGGCUGUAGAAGAAGUGGAUGUAUGGGAUAUCCUCAAGGAUGCCAAGCCCUGUGACUAUGAGAAGAUUGCUUUUGAGUACGGCAUCACAGACCUGAGGGGCAUGCUGCAGAGGCUGAAGAAAAUGAAGAAGAAGGUGGAGCCCAAGAAGAGUGAUGCUUUCCUGAAGAAGCUGGAUUCAGCCUACUCUGUGGAAAAAGGCAAAAAGAUCCAUCUCACAGUGGAACUGACCGACCCCAAUGCUCCAGUCAAGUGGCUCAAAAAUGGACAGGAAAUCAAACCAUCUGCCAAGUAUGUGUUUGAGAGUGUGGGCAACAAGCGGACACUCACUAUCAACAAGUGCAACCUGUCAGAUGACGCAGCGUACGAGUGCGUGGUCGGGGAGGAGAAGAGCUUCACGGAGGUUUUUAUCAAAGAACCCCCUAUCACCAUCACCAAGCUGCUGGAUGAUGUUCACACUAUUGAGGGUGAGAAGGUGGAGUUUGAGGUGGAAGUGUCCGAGGAAGGUGCCAACGUCAAAUGGAUGAAAGAUGGAGUUGAGCUGAACAGAGAAACUGCAGGUUCAAAGUACAGGUUCAAAAAGGAUGGGAAAAAGCACAUUUUGAUCAUAAAUGAAGCAACUAAGGAGGAUAUUGGAAUGUAUUACGCGUUCACCAACGGUGGAGAGUCCAAAGCUGAACUGGAGGUUGAAGAAAAGGAGCUGCAGAUUCUGCAGGGCAUAGCUGACCUGACAGUGAAGGCUGCUGAACAGGCUGUGUUCAAGUGUGAAGUGUCUGAUGAAAAGGUGACGGGGAAAUGGUUCAAGGACGGUGUCGAAGUUCAGCCCAGUGAUCGCAUCAAAAUGACGCACAUUGGGAGGUCCCACAAGCUGACGAUUGAUGAAGUGAAGCCUUCGGACGCUGGAGAUUAUACAUUUGUCCCUGAUGGCUAUGCUCUGUCUCUCUCUGCAAAACUCAACUUCCUGGAAAUUAAAAUUGACUUUGUUCCUAGAGAAGAUCCUCCAAAAAUUCACAUGGACACCAGUAGCACCGGCAACAACAACACCAUCAUGGUGGUGGCUGGAAACAAACUCCGCUUUGACGUUGAGAUCACAGGAGAGCCGGCGCCCACUGUGGUCUGGAUGAAAGGAGAAGAAUUGGUGUCUGAGGGCGAGGGAAGAGUCCGCGUGGAGACGGAGAAAACCCUGAGCAGCUUUGUGAUUGAGGGGGCGGAGAAAGAAGAUGAGGGCCUCUACUCCAUCACCGUGACUAACCCUGUUGGAGAGGACAAGGUCGAACUCUUUGUCAAGAUCGUGGAUGUGCCCAACCCUCCUGAGAACGUCAAAUGCACAUCAGUUGGCGAGGACUUUGGCACGAUCACAUGGGACCCUCCUGCAUUUGACGGUGGAGUUCCCAUUAAAGGGUACCUGAUGGAGAGGAAAAAGGUUGCCUCACCCAGAUGGACCAAGCUCAACUUUGAUGUUUAUGAGUCCACCACAUAUGAGGCUAAGAAGAUGAUUGAAGGUGUACUUUAUGAGAUGAGAGUGUUUGCAGUCAACAGCAUUGGCAUCUCUCAGCCAAGUGCAAACUCGAAGCCCUUCAUGCCCAUUGCCCCCACUAGCGAGCCAACUCGUCUCGUGGUGGAUGAUGUGACAGACACUACCUGUGCACUCAAGUGGCGUCCUCCAGAGAGAAUCGGAGCAGGCGGCAUCGACGGAUACAUCAUUGAAUACUGCAUAGAAGGAAGUGAUCAGUGGGUGCAGGCUAAUGAGGAACUAUACGGGCAGACCCAGUACAGGGUGAAAGGUCUACCAGUGGGGGAGAAGAUGCUGUUCAGAGUGAAAGCUGUCAACAUCGCCGGACGCAGCCCCCCCGCAACUCUCACCCAAUCCGUUACUAUCCGAGAGAUCGUGGAACAACCAAAGAUCCGACUGCCUCGCCAUCUGAGGACCAAACUGAUCAAGUUUGUGGGUGAUAAGGUGAACAUAGUCAUCCCCUUCCAGGGUAAACCUCGCCCUGUCGUGACCUGGUCUAGAGAUGGCAUUCUCCUGGAUGACAAAACAGUUGGAACUCGUACCAGUGACGUGGACUCUAUCCUCUUCAUCCGCUCCGCUGAGAGAAACCACUCUGGAAAGUACACACUGUCCGUUCAGGUUGAGAACAUGUCGGACAGCGGGGACAUAGACAUACAGGUUGUAGAAAAGCCAGGUCCUCCUAUUGAUGUGCAUGUCACAGACGUCUGGGGUUUCAAUGCUGCGCUGGAGUGGAAGCCGCCCAAAGACGACGGCAACUGCGAGAUCAUCGGCUACACUAUUCAGAAGGCUGACAUGAAGACCAAGGAUUGGUUCACAGUCUUUGAGCACAACCGCAGGACCAGCUGCACUGUGUCCGACCUGGUCAUGGGGAACAAGUAUACCUUUCGAGUGUUCAGCGAAAACAUCUGUGGCCUUAGCGAAAAUCCUGGCAUCAGCAAGAACACUGCCACUAUUACCAAAACAGGUUUGGCCUAUAACCGUCCACCCUUCAAAGAUAAGGAUGUGAACCAUUCCCCCAGGUUUACAGCGCCCCUAGUCAACAGAAGUGUGGUUGCAGGUUACAGCGCAGCCAUUAGCUGCGCUGUCCGUGGGCUCCCUAAGCCAAAGAUCAUCUGGCUGAAGAACAAUAUGAUCAUCGGUGAAGACCCAAAGUUCCUGAUGCAGAACAACCAGGGCGUGCUGACUCUGAAUAUCCGCAGGCCAGGCUUGUUUGAUGGGGGCAAGUACUCCUGCAGGGCCAUCAAUGAUCUUGGUGAAGAUGAGGUGGAGUGCAAGUUGGAGGUUCGAGUUUCACAAGAGAAAGGAACGGAGACGAAGAACUGAGCGACAGCACGAAACAGCAGAGGAUACAGUCGAACAGGAAUAGUAAUGGAUUAUGUAUAACAGGAUAAUCAUGAAUAAAUAUGAUUAGAAUAGAUCACUGGCGAGGCUCUAAAGCCAAUCCUGCUGCCCCCCUCCCCCCUUAUCACCGCAGCUAUGACGAAUGCCACAUCAGUAACAUGCCAUUAAUUUUUACUGCAAGCUGCCACCCUGUCACACUCUGACUGACUGAGAGAAGCCACCAUGUAGCGUAGUAGCAAUGCCCCUCUGUUACCACACGCAGAUGGAUCUUUCUUAUCUGUGAAGUGGACCUGUCACUGAACACACUUAUAAAACAGCCUUUCAUCCAUUACGGCUCCCUGUGUGUCUGUUUUGUGUCCGGGACGUUUUUAUAGGUUGAGAUAAAUUUAUGAUUGGGAUGCAGUUGUAAGGCUGAAACCUCUGCGGUGUGACCGAGUGGAUGCACGGUCACACCGCUGUGCUGCUUGGUGUGUGAUGUCUGAGCCGGGGUCCGUCAGCCCUGUGAUGGUUGAGUGGAGGGAUCACUACUCAACCAGGCAUGGCCGACUUCAUGGAGCCGGCAGGAUUAAAGGGGUUCUUAUACACAGAUAUAGACCUGCUGUGUCCUUCAGGCACAAACACUCAGAGGGCACACAUGUUGACUUAGAAACACACACUCCUUGUUUUCACCCAGUCCCACAUGCUAUACUACAUUCCUCAUGGCAUGACCUAUAGUGGUAGACCUUUACAGAUACAUGACUUACACUCAUGCACAUGCAAACACAAACACACACUUCGAAUCAGGGUCUCAUUAGCAUCACACACUAGAGACUAAUUAAUGCACCCAUCAACACUGCCCUAAUUAUCUCUCCCACGUCAUUACUGAGCAAACGAAUUACUGCUAAUUUACACACCCGCAAAACAAACACAGCACCGUCUCUGCUGGGAGAGUCCGCCGCGGCUCGCCUCGCACACCAAAUUAAAGCCUCACCGAUGUGCUGUAACCCAGACCGCCGAAGUCCCAAGGGACCCCGCCCUCCGUUACACACCCCUUACACCAUCUGACAGUGGAAGCCUUGACAAAAGAUCAACUUGGAGACAAAAAUCUGAGUUUUAACACAGCCAAAAGUGUGUUCAUGGAGUUGCUGCUAAAGUCUCAUUACUCUGGAGUUGUGAAAGUACUUUUAUCCUCAGGCCUGUCCCACUACUGACUGCAUCACGUCGUGGUCUCCUGUAUAUCCAGCAGAGGGGGUAAGAGCACAGAGACAAAGACCACAACUGACCAUCAUUAGGGUCCAUGGUGUGAAUUGUGAGUGGCAGGUAAUUAAAAACUAUUUCAUUACCCAUGCAUCUCUCACUGAAGCUCCAAACCUGACGGCCUCACUCGAUCCCCUGAUCCUGACUCUUGGCACAAACUUUAAAACAUUCUCCACAAUCUUGUAAUUGAGUAUGUGUAGAGGUACCAGAGCAGGACAAAUAAUCUGUUACAAAUAAGAGUCCUGAAUUCAAAAUGUUACUCAAGUAAAACUAUAAAAGUAUUAGCAUCAAAAUAUACUUAAAGUACCAAAUGUACUUAUUAUUCAGUGCAGUAUAAUACAUGUUUUAAUUAUAAUUAUUGAUGCAUUAAAGUGUUCUCAAAGCUGGUAAAGGUGCAGCUAGUUUUAAUGAUUUUGUAUACUGCAGGGUAGAUUGUCAAUUUACUCCAGGUGUAACUAAAUUCUGAUUUAAUUUUUGAUCAUAUUUCAUAUCAUACAUCCACAUCUCUAAAGUAACUUAUGGUACAAAAUAAAUGUAGUGGAGUAAAAGUACAAAGUAGCAUAAAAUGGAAAUACUCAAGUAAAGUACAAGUCAUCUCCAAAUUGUACUUAAGUACAGCAGGUGUGUAAAUGUUCUUAGUUACUUUCCACCUCUGCUUUGUGUUGCAGCAUGUUGUUAAAGAUGAAAUAGGAUGAGAGUAUGCAUGCCCAGAUAAAGCAGGGAAAAUUCUCCAGAUACCUGAAAGUAGGCCAACGAUUGGUUGCACAGUAGACCUGCAGUGCAGCACAAAGCUAAAAUGUUGAACCCUGUUGAGCAAUAAAUGACUCUGCAAGUGUGUAUGUAUGGUGUUAAUAUAAUCUUAUUGUCAUUAAACCUGAGACACAGUG